UCAUAUUUAAGGAUGAACUUGUUAUUGAGAAUGCAUCUAAGAUGCAAUUUGUGGCUAAAGUGUGUAUUCGCCUUAAGAGUCAGUUGGAGCGUUUGGGUAUCACUCCUUGUUGUCAGUUGCCCGACUCCUACAAGGAGUUGAUUGAGCGAGAAAAGUGUGAAAUGGAAGAACAAACGGAAGCCCAGCGUGAUCUGGAGGAAAAACUUUCCAUGUUGGCGGAAGAAAAGCAACGUUUAAAUAAGAUGCUUUCUUCCAUGCGCCAGGAGCGUGAAAUGGAUAUUGUCGUCAUGCGUAGCGUUCAAGAGCGCUGCAAGGAGGCAGAAGAAAAGGAGAUUUAUGCUGCGGAGGCCUUGUCGCGGCUCACUCGCGAAAAGAGUCAAAAAGAGAGGGCACUUGAGGAAACAUUGCGUCUGGCGACAAUGGACCUUAUGCAGUAUCAGGCGCAGUUGGCCCAAAUAAAGGAGCUUGAAAACACAGGAGGAUUUGCACGAAUUUUGAAAUUGUUACUUUGUCGUUAA